AUGCCCGAUGCCACUUUAACCUGGACGGGGAGAAGAUGCUGGCCAAGGAAAAAAACAAGCUGAGGAAACCGGUGGUGGAGAAAAUGCGCCGCGACCGGAUUAACAGCAGCAUCGAGCAGCUGAAAGUUUUGCUGGAGAGGGAAUUCCAGUGCCACCAACCCAAUACCAAGUUGGAGAAAGCUGACAUUUUAGAAACGGCUGUCAGCUAUCUGAAGAAACAGCAUCAGAUGCAGGAAUCAGGAGUGAAAAACCCCGAAUUCGAUUUCCACACGGGUUACCUGCGCUGCUUAAGGGAAGCCUUCUGCUUCCUCUCCUUCUGCCAGACCAAGAAGGAGACCCAGGCCCGACUGAUCAAACAUUUCUGCAAAAUCCACACCAUCUCCGAUGCCACCUUCUCCCUCCUCUCGUCUCCUGCGCCCAAGAAGCCGUCCGCCGCCAAGAAGCCCACCCCACCAGCCGCAGCCUUCAUCUGGAGACCGUGGUAGAGCUGGUGGCUGACCCCCUGAAGACCCCCCGGAAGAGGUCAUUGGAAAGGC